AUGUCCGACGACAUUCUGAAACGACUAGAGGCCCUGGAUGCCACCCUGCGGCAUGGUCAUCAUCUCGUAACGGACUCUCUUCGUGGGGUUCAGGUCGAGCUGAAAUCAAUCCGCAAAGAACUGGCUCACAUGCGUGUGGAUCUCGAGGCAUUGGAGAGCCGGGAGACGAAGCAGGCCUCUCUUCCCGGUGGUAUACAGAGCGGCAUCGGGAUCUCGUUCGCCCAACCUACGGCGUCCGUCGGGCAGGUCUCUCUCCCCGGUGGUAUACAGAACGGCGUCGCGCUCUCGUUCGCCCAACCUACGACACUCGUCGGCCGCACUAACGAAGGGAUCAAAUUCGAUUUCAACCGGCCGAACAGCGAUGUGAGCGAAGCUUCCGGUGCCCGCAAGCCGCCUUCCUUUGAAACGGCGGGUUCUCCUGCGCCUGAGAAUUCCGUUGCUCGCAAGCCACGGACGUUCAAGCCCAUCCCUAAGUCCUCGAACACCACUCAGGACUCUGGUUCUACUACGGCGCCGACCAAGAUCUCCGAAGAGCCCGUUAUAGUGUCGUCUGCAACAUCCGACACAGGCAGUUCUGGAAUUAGCCGGCCGGUGCGGCCUGUAGAAACUGUGCCAGCGACGCAGUCGUCUGUGAAGUCGUCGUCUCAUACGCGGAAGACGAGUGUUCGUCAAGACCGUAAAGUCGAUAUCCCCGGCGAAGCUGGAUCCAGCACUCAAGGUCACGAGCGCCGCUCAGGCUCUGCACUUGCUUCGUCUGAGCCGAGUCAGAAUUCUGCCAACGUCGUUGAGCCCAAGAUUCGCUCCAAGACGCAGAGUGCGUCGGGAGAUAUCUGGACGUCUGUGCGACAGACUCGUAUACUCGAAGUGCAUAGCGAUGACGAGGAGCAGCAGCUGCUUUGA